AACCACGGUCUCGCUCCCCACCGUAUCAGCUAGCAUUCCUCUCCGCACGCCGGUUUCGCUGUUUCUCGUAGCCUAUAAAUCCGGCCGGAGCACCCAGCUCUGCCCCAUCCCAUCUCACACACCACUACUCAUCUUGCCUCACACACUUCACUGCUAGCUACUAGUAAUUCACUUCCUUGGGUUCUCGUGCCACCGAGCUCUCUCCCGCGAAGAUGUCGACGGUGACCCCUGCCUACCUCGACCAGAGGCUCGCCGCCGCCAAGCGCUCCUCCAGAGAGGCCGCCAUGGCGGGAGCCAAGGCCGCGGCCGUCGCCACCGUCGCCGCCGCAAUCCCCACCCUGGCGAGCGUGAGGAUGCUGCCGUGGGCGAGGGCGCACCUCAACCCAACCGGGCAGGCGCUCAUCAUCUCCACCGUCGCCGGGAUGGCCUACUUCAUCGUCGCCGACAAGACCAUCCUCUCCAUGGCCAGGAAGCACUCCUUCGACGACGCGCCAGAGCACCUCAAGAACACCUCCUUCCACUAAUUAGACUGUAAUAACAGAUCCAUUAGCAGUGCGCGAUAAGCUGUGUGCGCCAGCCCGUACGUGUCUGCUGAAAGAUGGUGUGUAACGUUCAGCACUUACCCGAGGCUUGCAGACAGUCAGUGGUGUGGUGUACUGCUCUUCUCUGCGUGCAAGGACUUGUCUGAUCAAGUAAUCAUCAUGUAUCCAGCCAGUAAUCUUGAACUAAUAAUAACUUGCAUUUGUACAACUCA